AUGACCAAUAUCACCAAUCAUACUUCCAAUAAUUCAAACAAUGGACACAAACGAUUUAGUAAUUCACAAUUAUACCAAAAUAAACGGAAAUCUCAAGUUUUAAUUGCAGCACAAUCUCUAGAUCAAGAACUACAAAACGUCAAACAUUUAAAAAGAAUAUCAAUAGGAUCCAUUGACGGGAAUGUGGAUCCAGAUUUGGAGUAUGUUAUAAAUACUAACAACAAUGACAAUGAUCAUUUCUACACCAGUGUCGCUACCAAUUCAACCAUUAAUGAAAAUAUAAAAGAUAGUGCACAAACGAAACAGUCCCAUUUGGUUUCUAAAUCAAUACCAAAUAACUCAGCUGGUCAUCGUUUCAAGGGGGAAGAGAAUAAUACACCUGCCAUUAGUGGAAGGAAUGGUCAUUGUUUAAGUGAACAGAAUGAGGAAGAGAAAGGAUAUGAAGAUGAUAAUGAUAAUGAUGAUGAUGAUGAUGAUGAUGAUGCUACUGUUCUAAAUAAAACAGGGACCGAGUAUUUGGGUAAUAAUAAUUAUUAUAAUGAAUCACAUCACAUAAACAGAAGCUUGAGCAGCUCUGCUAUGGUGCCUAGAAGAUCCUCUCAUAGGAAAAUAAGUGGAAGUAGAUCUAUAUCUUCUGGAUUGGCUAGCGCAAGAUUGGAUAGUAAGAAUAAUAACAUAAAUGAAUUGGGCAAAAAGGAAAUACAAAGUUUAUUAUGGGUUCCUGCUAGCCAACAUCCCAAUGUCAAGCCUGAAAACUAUUUAGAAUUGGUUCAAGAUAAAUUGCAAACUUUAACUAUAGAAGAUGAGCAGAGUAAAAAGAAACCUCAAACCAAUAACAAUGCAUACAGCCUGUCAAGAACACCCUCUAGAUUACGUAAAUCAUACACUGAAGAAGAUCUCGAAGAAGCUCUAGAACAAAAUAAAGCUAAUAGUAAUGACAAUGACGGUGAUGCUAAUACCUCUUUGACAAGCACCGAAAGCAGUUUUGGAGAGUCUCCAAUAAGAAUAAUUUCUUUAAAACAAAUUACCGAUGAAUUAACAAGACUAUCUAAUAAUGCUGGUAUUAUCGGUACUGAUGCUGCUUCUCUAGCUAGAUCUUUAAGUAUGACGGCUACUGGUGAAUUUUAUAAUAACGACACCACUUCAAUUACAGAAAAUGAACAUGCUGGUAUUGAUGUUAAUAAACAAGGACAAGAUAAGAAAAAAGUUAAUAACGAUAACUAUCGAAUAACAAAUGGAGAUGAAGAACUAAAAAAAGGAUCAAUGGCAACAGCAUCACCAUCACCAUCACAAAAGGAACAAGAAAAAACAAAAGUGGGAGAAAAACGACAAGAACAGGAAGAGACGGAGAAAGGAAAUGAUAGAAAAGAAAAUAAAAGUGAAAAUGAUGAAGAGGAAAUAUAUGCAUCUAAUAUUAUGGGGAAACAUUCCAUUUCUAUUCCUCAAAGAUCAGUCUUAAGAAGAUCUAAAUUUACAACUUAUAGAAAAAAAUCUUUAACUAAAAAUAAUUUAGAUAACCAAAACAAAUUGACAGUAUCAGUAACAGCAUCAGGUGAUGAAGGCAACGGCUCAGAUUCCGGAAACUCCAAUCAUACCAUUUCUAAGGAGAAGGAGGACGAAAUCAAUGAGGAGGAGGACGAUGAUAUGAUUUCCAUGGUAACUGCCAAGGACAUGGAGGAAGAUUUUGAAAAAAAAAAUGAUUUGAAGAGAAAUAGUCAAGUUUCAUUGACCCAUAAAGAAAAUAAAACAAAAAUAGGCGACGAUGGUGGCAUUAAUCUUGAAGGAGAAAAUAUAAAGUUGGAUCAAGGUAAAAUUGAGCAUAACAAGCGUAAAAUUAAUUGGUUGGGUAAAGUUAAGGAUAACACUACAACUGAUAAUAAUGACGAAGAUCAAAGAACCUAUACAGAAAAAGAACAUUUAGAAAACGUAAAUCAUUCGCGGAACAGGAAUUAUGCUAUUUCAUCCUCGUCGCAUAACAAUGAGAGCGACAUUGAUUCUGUUCAUAGUACCAGUAGUGGUAGAUCUAGUGUGGAGAACAAACGACACGUUACUGUAAGGAGAAAGCAUGCACAACACGAUAUUGCUAAACAACAACAGCAACAACAACAGCAACAACAACAGCAACAACAACAGCAACAACAACAGCAACAACAACAGCAACAACAACAGCAGCAACAACAACAUCACCACCACCACCAUCAUCGCCAUCAUCAUCACCAACAACAUCAUGAUGAACCUGCUCAUACUCAAAGUCAAGUUAAACCAUCUCAUCAAUCACAGCAUCAAAAUGCUUCAACAAAUAGUAUACCAGCUACUGGCCCUAGUUUUAGAAAGCAUACCGUUGAGGAACAGGUUGAUAAUUCGCAUGAUACUCAUCAUGUCAAAGAUGGCAAUAAUUACUCUGACCAUCACAAUAAUAACAAUAAAAGUGGAACUAACGAUAGUAAUCCAUCAAUUAGCAAACAUCAAUUUCGUUCUUCAUCCAAGAAAAGCAAUAAAUUUAUGGAUAUCAUUAAAAAGCACAUAAACGAAAACAAACGUAAAUUAAGUGGAAGCUCAACAACACAACCACCUUUGUCAAGUGAUCAUACUCAUGCUCAUAGUCAUAGUAACAAAAUUGUUGAUAAUACUCAAGUGUCAACAGGCGAACAACAACAAACAGUACAAAAUACUGCUAUUCCAGAAAAAAAAGAUGAUGAUUUUAAAGAUAAAGACGGUUUACAGCCCGCAGUAACUUUGGUAAGUAAUAACAAUAACAAUAAACAUUCUAACACUGAUGUAAAUUCACAGAUUCACAUUGAAUACAGAGAAUUGAGUGAUGAAGAUACCAAUUCUUUAAACUCUUUUUCAAAUACUGUGAACAUAAGUAGCAAUGAAGACACCGCAACAGAGUCGCCCGAUAAUAAUGACAAAAUAUUAUCAGAUAAUACUGCUAUUAGUGAAACUGCCACAGCAGAUGUACCAGCUAACAACGAUAGCACUACUGAUAUCGAAAAACAAUCUAUAGUGCCACCAUUGCCCGCCAGAAAAUUAAUUUUUGAGGACGUAAUAAGACCAGAAAGGCCUAAUUCUCCAAUGCAGUAUAGAGAUAGUUCAUUUGGGUUUCCAUUACCACCAUUAACUGUUUCCACAGUUAUUAUGUUUGAUCAAAGAUUACCGAUCAGUAUGGAAAGAGCUAUCUAUAGGUUAAGUCAUAUGAAAUUAAGCGAUUCUAAGAGGGAAUUAAGACAACAAGUGUUAUUGAGUAAUUUCAUGUAUGCUUAUUUAAAUUUAGUGAACCAUAGUUUGUAUUUACAAAAAAUUGAAGAGGAAAAACAAGAAAAUGUACAAUCAGUCUAA